AAAAUAUGUAAACAAGGGAUACUUAAUAUUGUUAUUAUAGUAAUUUCAACUUAUUUGAAAACACCUCUUAAUUAAUAAAAAAAGAAAAGUUUAUUAAGGCACUCCUUUAAACAUUAGGUGAAGAAUGGAGAGUUUAUGCAGGAUAUGCAAUUUCAAUUGAAUUAGAAGGUUCUAUUAAUUAUUUAGCUUGGUAAUUUUGUUUUGAGAAUCUAUUAUUUACUUGGUUAGAGAAUGAAGAUUGUUAAUAUGAUGAAUUUUAUGAUAAAGCUAUUUUGAGAAUAUAACCAUAUAAAAUCGGUAUCAAAUACUGUAAUCAAAAUAGAAAAUGUUUACUUUCGACCAGUUUUUGAUGGUUUCUAUUAUUCUGCUUAAUAAUUGUGGUCCAAAAUGAAAUUAAGUAGGCCUCCAUCAUAAGAAUCCUUAAAAUAAGUUGACUAAAUCUAAUAAGAAGAAUUUAGACCAAUUUAAAAUAUCUUGAAACCAUUAGUUCUAGUUAGUGAGAAGAUUAUAAACUAUUUUAAGAAAGAGGAUUAAGUUCAAUAAUAAGAAUAGACUCAAUAUAAUCAACCUUCUUGGAAAUAAAUCUCGAAACUCACUGAAGAAUCUCUACCUAUAGAUUUAGUUGAAAAUGCUUAUAUAUACGUAAUACAAUUUAUGGAAAACUCUUAUAAAAAUUGUUAAGUUGCAAAAUCUUUCAUUGUUAAUAUUAUUGAAUUAAAUCAAGAUGUACUUAGUAAAUUUCAAAUAUAAAAUUAAUCCGUGAAAGUUAGAAUUAUGUAACCUUCUAAUUUAAUGUAUAAUAAUCUAUUAUCAAUAUGGAUCUUAGCAAAUGCUGGUGUAUAACCAUAAUAUUUUGAUUUAAUCGGUAGAGCUAAAUCAUUAUUGGGAGUUAAUUGGAAAGAUAAUUUCUAAUAUCCUGUAGAAAUAUUCUUUAAAUUGAUCACAAAAUUGUAUGGAAACAUUUUAUUAAAUCCAUAAAUUAAAGCUGAAGAACAAUUAAAUCAAUUAUUAAAAAGUUUAAAAGUUUAAUUAGCCAUAUUAUGGGAUUAAGAAAUUGUUCAAUAAACAAUUUAAAAUUCAUAAUGA